CCCGGUGUUGCCGGAGCCGGGGCUGGAGCCGUCUCUCAGCCUGGCGCUGGGGGCUCUCACUGGGACAUAGCCUGCCCUGUUCCAAGCCUCAGGCAGCAUGAGGAGGCUCCGGGUGAAUGCUGCCGCGCUGCUAACACUCGCCUGGAUCCUGGGCAUGUUCUACUUCUGGUGGCAGGACAGCAGGGCCAAGGGCCAGGGCCAGCGGCAGGGUAGCGAGCCCCGGAGUCCCGGUGCUCUGAGGCACGGCGUUGGCAGCAGCAGGCUGCAGGAGGUGACCAAGGCUGUGUGGCUCGAUGGGGGUCAUGCUCAGACCUUUGACGAGAAGGCCUACCUUUCGAGUAAGCCACUGAAGCCUGGGGAUGAUCCUUACGGACGCCACGCCUUCAACCAGCAGGAGAGUGACCGGCUCCCCAGUGACCGAGCAAUCCGGGACACCAGGCAUUACAGGUGCUCCUCUCUUCAGUACAGCCAGGACUUACCGGUCACCAGUGUCAUCAUCACCUUCCAUAAUGAAGCUCGCUCCACACUGCUCCGCACCGUGAAGAGCAUUCUGAACCGCAGUCCCCCGAAACUCAUCCAGGAAAUCAUUCUUGUCGAUGACUUCAGCAGUGACUCCGAGGACUGUGAACUCCUAAUGAAGAUUCCCAAAGUUAAAUGUUUGAGAAACACAAAGAGGGAAGGCCUGAUCCGGUCUCGGGUGAAGGGAGCAGAUGCCUCGACUGCAGAGGUCCUGACCUUCCUUGACAGUCAUUGUGAGGUGAAUACGGACUGGCUGCAACCCCUCUUACAACGAGUGAAAGACGAUUACACCCGCGUAGCGAGUCCCAUCAUUGAUGUCAUAAGCCUGGACAACUUUGCUUACCUGGCAGCAUCUGCGGAUCUGAGAGGAGGGUUUGACUGGAGUUUGCAUUUUAAAUGGGAGCAGAUGCCUAUUGAACAGAAAAUGGUGCGGUCUGACCCGACUGAAUCAAUACGGACCCCAGUUAUUGCUGGAGGGAUAUUUGUCAUCAAUAAGUCCUGGUUCAACCACCUUGGGAAAUACGACACGCAGAUGGACAUUUGGGGUGGUGAAAAUUUUGAGCUAUCUUUCCGUGUGUGGAUGUGUGGAGGAAGUUUGGAGAUUGUCCCAUGCAGUCGUGUGGGACACGUCUUCCGUAAGCGGCACCCAUACAACUUCCCUGAGGGCAAUGCACUCACUUACAUAAGGAAUACCAAACGUACAGUGGAAGUGUGGAUGGAUGACUAUAAACAGUACUACUACGAAGCCAGGCCGUCUGCUGUGGGAAGGCACUAUGGAAAUGUUGCAGAUCGAGUUCAGCUGCGGAAGAAGCUACAGUGCAAAUCUUUCCAGUGGUACCUACAAAAUGUCUACCCCGAGCUCAGAAUUCCAGAAAAGCAGGCAUCUGAAACAGUUGUGCUGAGACAGCGAGGAAAGUGUAUGCAAUCUCAGGCCCCUUACAAGACAGAUGAUAUCAUCAUUGGCCUGGGGCAGUGCACAGAGACACUAAGCAGCAUUCCCUACAACCAGGAAUGGGUGUUUUCCGGAGCACAGAUCAAGCAGCAGGACAAGUGCAUGGCGAUUACAAACUUCUCCAUAGCUUCCCAAGUUGUACUCGAACCAUGUAAUCAGGAGGAUGGCAGACAGAAAUGGAAGCUGAAGGGGUCGGCCAUCCAACAGCUGAUAACUGGCGCCUGCCUGGACAGCGAAUCUGGGAGGGUGGGGACCACCACCUGUCACCCUGAGCUUGGCAGUCAGCAGUGGGAGAGGCUGCAGGUCACGUGACAUCACACACCAACCCCACCCCCUCCUCCAUUCACCCCAUAUGGAUGUCAGAGACAUGGGCGUG